UCUUUCCAACUUUUUUUUUUUCUUUUCUUUUUUUGAAAACAAAAAAGGGGAUAUCAUACUAUUAUCCAAAGGGCAAUGAAACGAAAGCGUCGAAAGUGAUUUGUUCUCUAUAUAAGAGAAGGAAACUCCUCAGAAGAGUUACGUCUCCUCCUUUUCCUUCCUCGUCUUCUUCUUUGUAGCUUCCGCAUAUUCCUUUUUUUUUUUUCUCUGGUUUUGUCUCUGUUUUCACUUGUUUACGGCGGCGGCAGCGGUGGCGGUGGCGGCACAGAGGGUGGACGGUUGUCGGGUUUCCUAUCUUUCUUUCCGGGGUUUUUUUUAAAUGGAGACUGGGUUUUGGGUGUUGAGUAGAUUGGAUUAGAAUGCGAGUUACCGGUGAUUUUGUGGUGGGGUUUGCAUGUGAAAAGGGAGGUGAGAUCUGACGGUGGUUUGUGAUGGGAAGGUCUGGUUAUUGACAGGAAAUGGAAAUGGAAAACUGGGAUUUCAAGAUUUUGUCUCAGGAGUGCUUUGCUUUGGUUAUAUAUGUGUUUUGAAAAAAAAUCUCAACAACACCACUAGCAACUAAUGGAUUGAAGAAAAGUGGUGGCGGUGACAGUCCAUUUGGAAGCAAUGAUAAGAACAUUAGCUCUGGCGCUGUUGGUUUUUUCACUUCUGCUGUCUGUAUCGACGGCAGAUAAUGGCUUUCCAAGAUGUAAUUGUGAUGAUGAAGGAAGUUUCUGGAGUAUUGAGAGCAUUCUGGAGACCCAAAGAGUGAGUGAUUUCUUAAUUGCGGUUGCGUAUUUCUCGAUUCCAAUUGAGCUCCUUUACUUUGUUAGCUGCUCCAAUGUGCCAUUCAAAUGGGUCCUUUUUCAGUUCAUAGCCUUCAUUGUGUUAUGUGGCUUGACCCAUUUGUUAAAUGGGUGGACGUAUGGCCCUCACACAUUUCAGUUAAUGAUGGCCCUUACCGUGUUCAAGACCCUCACUGCUUUGGUCUCAUGUGCCACUGCCAUUACUUUAUUCACCAUGAUUCCUUUACUUCUCAAAGUGAAGGUGAGAGAAUUCAUGUUGAAGAAGAAGGCAUGGGACCUGGGGCGUGAGGUUGGGCUUAUAAUGAAACAGAGGGAGACAGGUUUGCACGUUCGUAUGCUUACUCAAGAGAUUCGCAAGUCGUUGGAUAGGCAUACCAUUCUGCACACAACCUUGGUUGAGCUAUCAAAGACAUUGGGUCUACAGAACUGUGCAGUUUGGAUGCCAAAUGAGAUUAGAACAGAGAUGCUUCUAACUCAUGAGCUCAAUGGGGAGAAUUAUUCAUUGAAUUCUACUAUACCAAUUACUGAUCCCGAUGUUGUAAGGAUAAAAGGGAUUGAUAGUGUGAAUCUUCUUAGUCCAUAUUCGCUACUCGCUACUGCAAGCAGCAGAGAGUAUGGUGAGUCAGGACCGGUGGCUGCUAUCAGGAUGCCAAUGCUUCGGGUGUGCAAUUUUAAAGGGGGUACUCCAGAAGUAAUUCAGACUUGUUAUGCUAUAUUGGUCUGCAUUCUUCCAAGUGGACAAUCUAGAUCUUGGAGCAACCAGGAUCUAGAGAUAGUUAAGGUUGUUGCUGAUCAGGUGGCUGUGGCAAUCUCUCAUGCUGCUGUUCUUGAAGAGUCCCAACUCAUGAGGGAGAAAUUAGAGGAACAAAAUCGAGCGCUGCAACUGGCUAGACAGAAUGCUAUGAGGGCAAGCCUGGCAAGAAAUGCAUUUCUGAAGGUAAUGAGUGAUGGGAUGAGGAAGCCAAUGCACUCAAUUUUAGGCUUACUUUCAGUGAUGCAAUCUGGAAAUUUGAAUAGUGAUCAACAAAUUAUUGUUGAUGCAAUGAUGAAAACCAGCAAUGUCCUAUCAACCCUGGUAAAUGACGUUAUGGACAUUUCAACAAAGGAUAGUGGGAGGUUCCCAUUGGAGAUGAGAUCAUUCCGGUUGCAUUCCAUGAUAAAAGAAACAGCUUCCCUUGCAAAGUGCUUGUGUAUUUAUAGGGGCUUUGGCUUCUCAAUUGAGGUUGAGAAGUCAUUGCCUGAUUAUGUCAUAGGUGAUGAAAAAAGAGUUUUUCAGGUUAUAUUGCAUAUGGUUGGGAGCCUCUUGGAUGGCAAUAGUGAAGGAGGAACUUUAAUAGUUCGGGUCUCCUUUGAGAAUGGUAGUCUGGAAAAGAAUGAUCAGAGGUGGACUGCAUGGAGGCAUGGCACUUCCAAUGGGGAUGUACGUGUCAGAUUUGAAAUUGGGAUUGAUAACAGUAGUUCUCAAGCUCAAUUAGAGGGCUCAACAUCAGAAGUACAGCCUGGGGGUAAGAGAUGCACCAGUGGAGCUGAGGAGCGCUUGAGUUUCAGCAUGUGCCAAAAACUUGUUCAGAUGAUGCAUGGGAACAUAUGGGUGAUCCACAACCCUCAUGGUUCUACUCAAUCCAUGGGACUUGUCCUUCGGUUUCAAGUCCGACCAUCCAUAGCAAUAACCAUUACAGAGGCUGGAGAGUCUUCAGAACAGCCACACUCAAACUCUCUUUUCAAGGGUUUGCAGGUUCUAUUAGUUGAUAAUGAUGAUGUGAACAGGGCAGUGACCCGUAAGCUACUUGAAAAGUUGGGGUGCAUUGUUUCUACUGUCUCAUCUGGAUUUGAUUGCCUUAGUGCUAUUGGCCCAGCUGCAUCUCCUUUCAAGGUUGUUAUGCUGGAUCUGCAGGUGCCUGAGAUGGAUGGUUACGAGAUUGCAAUCAGAAUUCGGAAGUACCGAAGUCGUAGUUGGCCCUUGAUAAUUGCCACCACUGCUAGUGCUGAUGAAGGGGUGUGGGAAAAAUGUACACAGAUAGGAAUCAAUGGAGUCAUUACAAAACCGGUCCUUCUGCAAGGACUUGCCAUGGAUCUCCAAAGAGCCCUGAUCCAGGCAAACAAAGUUAUGUGAUGACACUGAACUGCAGCUGCCUGGAACCUUUAAAGUCAGUUUUGGUUCUUCAUAGGUUUAGUUCACUUCUGAGCUUCCAGCAUAGAGAUGUUACACACACAACUUUCACAAGUGAAAAUGGUAUACAAAGUUCCUUUUACCUUCUUUUACAUUUCAAUUCAAUAUGCUCGAUUUUCACUUUGAUUGCAUUGAUAGUUCCGCAUUCCCCCAGUCUAAUCACAACUGUCUUAAAGCUAUCUUUCUUAUAAAACUGGUUAUUUGCU